AUGAAAGUACCAGUCGCCAGCCUGCUUUCGACCGCACUGCCUCUGCUCAAUGGCACUCUUCGACAGGAUUGCUUUGAGCCAAGCAAGGAGGUGAUCGGCGCGCCUCAAAUCUCUUUGCCACUGCACAAAGAGCAUGCCAAGCCGAUCCUCACUUCCUGGCCGGCUCAGCAUGCUACAGACGAGCACUGCAUUGUCAAGCCGCUCGGAUGGGGACGAGACGAUUCGUCCCAGAUUCAAGAGGCGGUGCUGAGAUGCGGCAACGGCGGCACCAUCACUUUGCCUGCUCCGUACACCUACACCAUCUCGAACCGCAUGUACAUGAAGCUCAACCGCGCUCGACUGAACGUGCACGGUUUGCUCUCGUUCACGCCGGACCUGGGAUACUGGAUCGGCAAGUCGCACCGUGUCGAGUUCCAGAACAUGAGCACCGCAUGGAUCGUCGAGGGCAACGACUACCACAUCAGCGGAGGCGGCUGGCAGCAGGGUGGCGUGCUGGGCAACGGACAGGCUUGGUACGGCCGCGCUGCGGGCCAGAGCAACCAGUACGGACGGCCCAUUUCGCUUUCGUUGUACAACAGCACCAAUGCCACCAUCGAUCACUUUUCGUUCUACCAGCCUCAAUUCUGGUCCAUGUGGGUCCAGGACUCGCGCAACGUCCACAUCAACAACAUCUUUAUCAAUGGCACCAACACGGAUCCGGCGGGCAACUCGUCCAACUAUGCGACCAACAUCGAUGGCAUCGACACGAUGCGAGUGGAUGGACUGCAUCUGCAUAACUGGAACUUCCGUGGCGGCGACGACUGCUUUGCACCCAAGGGCAACACGACCAAUGUGGUAUUGCGCAACUUUACCUGUGUCGGUGGCGGUAUCGCGUUUGGCAGCGUGGGCCAGUACCCGGGCAGCCCGGACUACAUCACCAACGUGAGCGUCUCAAACAUCAAGGUGAUAGGCGAGGUUUCGGCGCAGUAUGGCGGUGCGACGCCAGCUGGAGGUGCGUACUUCAAGUCGUGGGUCGGCGUCUCGAUGGGCGAACCUCCGCAAGGCGGCGGAGGAGGUACAGGUCGCGUGAGCAACAUCUCUUUUACUAAUAUGGAGGUUACCAACACGACGCAGUCGGUGUUCAUCAACAAGUGCUACUACAAGGUCAAGGGUCAGGCCAACUUUUGCGAUACUUCGACGUUCCAAUUCGACAAUCUCAGCUUCAACAACAUCUCGGGUACGGUGCGAAGCGCAGAUGGCAUCAAUCUCAACUGCUCGUCGCUGGCGCCUUGUCACAACAUCAGCUUCGCCUCGGUCAAUCUAACGUCUCAGCUGACCAACAAGACAGCCCGAGCGGUUUUGACUAACACCGUCAAUGUCACCGGCCUCACCAAUAAGACCAUCGCCGCCGCCUAG